GUCGCACACGUCGCUCUUUAUUUAAUAAUAAUUAAUUAUCUAAGAAUUUUAGUCUAAUAUCGGUGAAUCGAGGCUAUAAUUUUGCAUGUGAUGUGAAUAGUGACUGUACCUGAGGCCCAAAUAUACAUCUGGUAAAAAAGCACCCUUCCAGUGUAUGUGUGGCAACAACAUGUCUGUGCCGCUGCUUGCCGAGGCUGUGACCAUAUCUGGGACAGAGAAGGAGACUGCUGCGGUAAUCUUCCUUCAUGGUCUUGGUGAUACUGGGCAUGGCUGGGCUGAUGCCAUGACAUCCAUUAGACUGCCCUACAUAAAGUACAUCUGCCCACAUGCACCCAGAAUCCCAGUUACACUCAAUAUGAAAAUGACCAUGCCAUCAUGGUUUGACCUGAUGGGUCUAACACCAGAAGCUCCAGAGGAUGAGGCCGGCAUUAAGAGAGCAGCAGAAAACAUCAAGGCCAUUAUUGACCACGAGACAAAAAAUGGUAUACCUUCUAACCGUAUUCUCCUCGGUGGAUUCUCUCAGGGUGGAGCGCUAUCACUGUACACCGCUCUCACCUCUCAGCAGAAGCUAGCAGGUGUAGUGGCUCUAAGUUGUUGGCUACCACUUCAUAAGACCUUUCCACAGGCAGCAAGUGGCAGUGCAAACAAGGAUAUCCCCAUUCUGCAAUGUCAUGGUGAGAUGGACCCGAUGAUUCCAUCGCAUUUUGGGGCCAUGACGGCUGAGAAGCUCAAGACCAUUGUGUCCCCACAGAAAGUCACUUUCCGCACCUACCCAGGGCUCAUGCACAGCUCCUGCCCUCAGGAGAUGUCAGCCGUGAAGGAAUUCAUUGAGAAGCAAUUGCCCCGAAUCUGACCUUACUGUGACCCUUAGUCAACAACCUCUCACCUCUGACCUGCCAUUCUCCCACAAGGAAACAGCCAUAAGGGUCCCCUAUUUCACACACACAUACAUACACAGCACACACACACAUGCAUACACAGCACACACACACAUGCAUACACAGCACACACACACAUGCAUACACAGCACACACACACAUACAUACACAGCACACACACACAUACAUACACAUACAUACACAGCACACGCACUCUCUCUCACACACACACAGACAUACAUUCACACUUGCAAACAGAGGCAUACUCAUCUCUCUGUACAAAAUGUGAAGACGUCCCUUCAUUGGUGUUUCAUGCCUUGCUUUGUAAAUUCAUAUUCAAAUAAUGGACAGUAAAUUGAGAUUCUGUGUCAUUGUACAUGAUGUAAUGUUCAGUGCACACACAUUAACGGUCAACACAUUUACUCAGUAGUACCCCACCAUAUUUGGGAGAAUUGCUGCCUUUCAUUUAACAUUCCCAUCAACACUGAAAUGCUAAACCAUUUUUCUGCACAUUUUAUUCUCCCUCUCUUUCUGUCCCUCCCUUCCCCUGCUCCCCUCCUCUCACACGUGCUUUACGAUGAGAGCAUUGUUCUGCUACACUGUAACUGCUGCCGUCUGGAGUGACUCAUGCCACACUGUACUGCAUGCUGCUCUCAGUCCAUGAUGGCAGGGAAGGAGGAGAAGCACCAUGCUACCUCCUGGUGCUCUGGUUUACGCUGAAUAUUUUCUUUUGGGUUUGAUACAAUUGAAAUAAAACCUAACAAAACUGCUGAAAUAAACCAAAUGAAUGAACUAUGUCAAUUUUCCAUCAUGCUUUGUUUUUUAAGAGAAUCAUUCAUGUAUUUAAUGAAUUUUGAUUAGAAAGGCUGCUUGCAACUGUACCAUAUAUUACUACGCCUAAUAGGUCAGGAACAGAGUAUUUAGCAUAGCCAUGAUUUUUUUAACAAGAAACGUAAAACUCAGUCAUGGUGCAUUUUUCGAAAAGUGGGAAAAGCUGUAUUGUAUAUUAUUAGUGUACAUCACUCCAGGUGGCAUCAUCUCAAAUCCCUGUGUACAAAAGUAUUUUCCAAUUACUACAUUUUUCCUUGACCACCAGAUGAAAUAAAGCCACUGCUGGGGAUUUGUGCAGCAAAAACAAAUGCAAAACCUGAUCUCUUGGUGGUAGGGUUCAGCUGUCAUGCAUGUUCAUCUGAUUUUAUCUCUGAUUGUGGCAUUUUAUGGUGGGGUAAUGGGGAAGAUCAUUCGUUCAUUAUCUGCAUAAAUAUUACACUUCGCCAGGUUAAAAUGUGAAAGGUCAGGGUUACAAAGGCUGAACAACAGCAAAUGCAACAUGUGUAGUUUGUCUUUAAUCAAAUAACAAAAGGAACUUUACUAGGAUCCAUAAAUUAAUUGCAUUC